CGUACACUGCUCGCGAACGGAAGCGCGUGAAGAUCGUCUGCACCUUCUGCACCUUGCCGAAAGGAGACAUAAACAAGCGUAUUUCGAAAUAUAGUUGGAGUGCUGGUUUCUCAACGGAUCCCGUCUUUCAGUUCACAUUAGCACAGACUGAAAGCACCAGCAGCGUUGACAGACGCAAGCAGAGCACCGGGACAGAGAGAUAUGCUGGCUCCUUUUCACUGACCUUAUGGGUUGUGCACACAAACCCAAAACGACACGACACUCGUGUUCUUACCGAUCACGAGUUUGAAAAGGAGAUCCUUUUGUGCCUAUCUGUCGCCCACGUGGAAAAAGUGGAUCCGUAUUUGAGGAGUGUCAGUGGAGCAGGCCUGUGCGGGACGGGUGGAGGAAGACUUUGCCAAAGAUGAGGAAGAGCCGGAGCGUUCUAACUGUGUCACCCUGUGAGGACAGCAAGGAGCCUCCAGACUGCAGACUUAGUGAAUCUUUCACAUCGUCAGGUUGUACACUAGGGGUGGACCUGCGUCGGGGUCGACGCCGUUUGUCCGGUAACCUGCAGCUACCUCCUUUGUCAUGGAGGCAGAUGGAGAGAUCACGCAGUCCAGAUGAAGAGAUCAUGAUGAGACCGACCACACUGCCCUUCAUCACCCCUCGCAUUGACAUCACACCUGUGGACUCUGAUUGUUUUGAUGUGGAAAAUGGCCCGUCUGCGAGCUGUAGUCCUUUGGACCCCCAGGCCUCUCCAGGUUCUGGUCUGGUCCUUCACACGAACUUUCCUGGCCACAACCAGCGACGAGAGUCCUUCCUCUACCGCUCGGACAGUGACUAUGACCUCUCACCAAAGUCUAUGUCUCGAAAUUCUUCGGUCGCCUCAGAACUGCAUGGGGACGACCUGAUAGUCACACCUUUUGCUCAGGUUCUUGCAAGCCUUCGAAGUGUCAGAAACAAUUUCACUGUCUUGACCAAUGUUCAGUGCUCAUCUAACAAGAGGUCCCCUGUAUCCAACCUGCCCCCCAUCACCAGAGUGUGCCUACCUGACGAGUCCUACCAGAAGCUGGCAGUGGAAACCAUGGAGGAGCUGGACUGGUGUCUGGAUCAGCUGGAAACCAUCCAGACGUACCGCUCCGUCAGCGACAUGGCCUCCAACAAGUUCAAGAGAAUGUUGAACAGGGAGCUGACGCACCUCUCUGAGAUGAGCAGAUCUGGCAACCAGGUGUCUGAGUUCAUCUCCAACACCUUUAUGGACAAACAGAAUGAGGUGGAGAUUCCCUCGCCCACUCCAAAGGCCAGAGAGAAGAAGAAAAAGCAGUUGAUGACUCAGAUCAGCGGCGUGAAGAAGGUGUCCCACGGGUCCAGCCUCAACUGUGGCAUCGCUCGCUUCGGCGUCAAAACCGACAAGGAGGAUUUACUGUCAAAGGAAUUGGAAGAUCUGAACAAAUGGGGCCUGAACAUCUUCACAGUUUCAGAGUUUUCAAACAACCGGCCUCUUACGUGCAUUAUGUAUGCAAUCUUCCAGGAACGAGAUAUGCUCAAGACGUUUAAGAUCCCGGCAGAUACAUUCGUGAUGUAUAUGAUGACCCUGGAGGAUCACUAUCACCAAGACGUGGCGUAUCACAACAGCCUUCAUGCUGCCGAUGUGGCCCAGUCGACUCACAUUCUGCUGUCCACACCUGCAUUAGAUGCUGUCUUUACCGAUCUUGAGAUCCUGGCUGCCAUUUUUGCCGCAGCAAUCCAUGACGUGGACCAUCCUGGCGUUUCCAACCAGUUCCUCAUCAAUACAAACUCCGAGUUAGCGCUCAUGUACAACGACGAGUCGGUUUUGGAGAACCACCACCUAGCCGUGGGCUUUAAACUUCUCCAGGAGGAAAACUGCGACAUCUUCCAGAACCUCACCAAGAAACAAAGGCAGUCGCUCAGGAAGAUGGUCAUCGACAUGGUACUGGCCACAGAUAUGUCAAAACACAUGAGCUUACUAGCUGAUCUGAAGACCAUGGUAGAGACGAAAAAAGUGACAAGCUCGGGAGUGCUACUUCUGGACAACUACACAGACAGGAUACAGGUUCUGCGGAACAUGGUUCACUGUGCAGAUCUGAGCAAUCCAACCAAGUCUCUGGAGCUGUACCGGCAAUGGACCGACCGCAUCAUGGACGAGUUCUUUCACCAGGGUGAUCGAGAAAGGGAACGUGGCAUGGAGAUCAGCCCCAUGUGUGACAAACACACAGCCUCGGUGGAGAAAUCACAGGUGGGUUUUAUUGACUACAUUGUCCACCCGCUGUGGGAGACCUGGGCCGACUUGGUGCAUCCGGAUGCCCAGGACAUCCUGGACACACUGGAGGAUAAUCGGAACUGGUACCAGAGCAUGAUCCCUCAGAGCCCUUCCCCGCCCUUCUACCAGCCCGACAAAGAGGGCAACGGUGGGGGGUCGGGACCCGACAAGUUUCAAUUCGAGCUCACGUUAGAGGAGGAGGACUCUGAGGGCACGGAAAAGGACGAACAGAGUCAGGGCGACGACGAAGAAGAGGAGGAAGAAGACGAAGACAGGGCUGAGGACAUGGAAUCAUCCACUACACACAUCCAGAUAGUUACCGAAGACGCCUCACCGGUCGACACAUAGGACCCUGUUGUCCUGUUACUAGAUGGUAGCUGUUUUUUUCCCCUUGCGAGAGGAGCAAUCUUGCAGUUGAUGCUUUUUCGAGAAACCCCACGUGGGGUGCUUUUUUAGGCCCUCGUGGGAGGAGGAUGUCUUUCCCUCCUUGCACUUACGUUUGGAGAUGGUUUGGUAGGAGCUCUCAGGAAAUAAAUGCUGCAGACAUUUUGGACCUGAACGAUUGACAGGCGACUUUGUUAAACAUGAAGGAUUGGGGCCAACGUGGACAGUUUGUUUGUUUAAUAGGGGUCGAGGAGUAGACACUACUGAGAGGAUUUCUUUUAUUUUCGACUUUUUGUAAAGCUAUGGGUGUGCGAGAUUAAACACGAACUACUGAAGAACAAGUAUUUGUUAAGAAAGAGAAACUGUUUACUUUUCUGUACCAUUUGUCUAAAGACUGUGUGCCUUUUUACUAUUGUCUUUUUAAUAGUCUUUUAUUUAUUGAACACGUUUUAGUAUAACUGUAUGUUGAGAUGUUUUUGUUUUCUAAAGCAAACCAGACAAAACAUGCAGACUUGUUUUAUAUAUAUAUAUAUAUCUACGCUGGAGAGAGAACUUAGUGUCUUCCUUUGUUUGGCAAUAUAACGUAAUAAUCCAAACAUCUGACAAAACAAAGAAACGUUUAUUCUACGAGGCACUUUCUGUUCAUUACAUACGUUUUUUGUCAGACGUUUUAACUAUGAGCACAAACUCUGUUUCUUUAGAAAAUACCUGUACGUCAUUUACAUUCACAUCGUUGACAAUUGUUGCACAAAAGCUUUAAAUGACAGUAUACAGACCCAAAAAUGUACUAUUAAAAAUAACCCCCUCAAGAAAUAAAAUACACGGGGUCUGAUAAUUGACAGAAAUCAUAAAAAAAGCCAAAGGUAUAUUCACUUAAAUAGUAGGUUGAUUUUAUUUAUUAUAAUCGUCUUCCGCACAUCAACAAAAUGAGAGACAAAAGACAGAUUUUGAGCUUUCAAAACCAGCUUAACUUAGUACAGAACAUUCCCACAGCUAAUUUAAUUAGACUUCUUUAAAAAGUCUGUACCUGUACUGUCCUAUAAUCAAAUCUCCUCCAAUUGGUUUUCCUCCAAUGAAAACCAUUGACGUACAUACAGUUUUUACCCCACCUCACAGAAUGCUUCACUUGAUGUCAAUCAAGAUCUGAUAUGUGACGUCAUGAAGUUCAAGCUACGGUUCUGAAAUCUGAAGAUGUGAUCUUUCAGUCUUUUUCUCUUUUAACAUUGGCUAAUAUUGCAACAACCAACUUAUUCAGAUUUCAACAUUCAAUGUCAGUUUAGUAAUGACAUUCACGCUUUGAGGUACUCAAACUACCUUACGCUCAAAGUAUCACCAGUGAAACCGUUAAUGGCCAAAGUAGCAUGCAAAAGUAUGUUUGUGCGCACAUAUGUACGUGUCUACACUUAACUGUGUUUGUGUGCGUGUCAGUGUCUAUUGGGUUAUUCGCUGGAUCACCAGCCCACGCUUUCACGACUCCUUCCAUCUUCUUUGUUUAUAUGCGCUCAAAUCGGUCCUCUACUGUUUAUAACAGUGUAUUUAUUAUUAUUACUGUCGACUGUACAUAAGGAAUAAUGUUUCUUUGUAAAUUGAUUAAUUUAUAUGCACUUGCAUUACCGAACAUUGGUGGUGUUUUUGUGUAGUGGGCUCUUGGACUGAGUCUGUUUUAUUUAGUAAUAUUGUUUAUGUUUUAAUAUAAAUAAAUAUAUAUAUUAUAUA